AUGGAAGACCGCAAAUUCACCUCGUCCAAAAAAAUGUCGUCAGUUCAUUAUGAGUUUGUACCUACGGGUCAGACAAUAAAUCAAGUGUUCUAUAAACAAGUAUUAGAAAGAUUAAGAGAGAAAGUACGCCGUAAAAGACCAGAAGUGUGGAAAUCAAAACUAAAAAGUACCCUCAAAGGCCAUAGAUUCGAAGACGUUGACGAAACUAUCCAUAACGCGACACAAGAGCUAAAGGCUAUAACUAUGGAGGAAAUUCAAAGAUGUUUCAAAAAGUGGCAAGACCGUUGGGAGUAUUGUAUUAAAGCUAAAGGACACUAUUUUGAAGGUGAUCCAUUUAAAUAG